AUGACCCGCUUCUUCUGCUGCGGAAGCUACUUCCCGGGCUACCCCUGCUACGGGACCAACUUCCACAGGACCUUCAGGGACACCCCCCUGAACUGUGUCGUGCCCCUGGGCUCACCCCUGAACUGUGGUUACGGUUACGGGUGCGGCGGCUACGGCUCCCUGGGCUAUGGCUACGGGGGCAGCUGCUGCCGGCCCUGGGGCUGGGGCUCCGGCUUUGGCUACAGCACCUACUGA